ACUCAGAUUCAGUACAAGCUCAAGCCAGGCACACAGCAAGACAUCGACCAUGGCUGCCUACCAACAAGCUCCCGCUCUCCUGUGCGCCUGCCUGAUGCUCGUGCUCAUGGCGGGCGCGGCAUCCGGCGGCCGCGUAGACGUGGAAGACAUGCUGAUGAUGGACCGGUUCCGCGCGUGGCAAGCCACGUACAACCGCUCGUACCUGACCGCCGCGGAGCGUCUGCGCCGGUUCGAGGUGUACCGCCAGAACAUGGAGCUCAUCGAGGCCACGAACCGCCGCGCCGAGCUCUCGUACCAGCUCAGCGAGACCCCGUUCACCGACCUCACCAGCGAGGAGUUCCUCGCCACACACACCAUGUCCACGCGCCUGCAUGCGUCCGAGGCCGCGCGGCGGCACCGGGAGCUCAUCACGACGCACGCAGGCCCCGUCAGCGACGGCGGUCGCCAGUGGAACCGGCGGAACUACACGACGGACCUCGACGUCCCCGAAAGCGUGGACUGGAGGACCAAGGGCGCGGUGACGACGGUCAAGGACCAAGGAGCUUGUGGCGGUUGUUGGUCAUUCGCGACGGUGGCGGCGAUCGAAGGCCUGCACAAGAUAAGGACGGGCCAGCUUGUCUCCCUGUCGGAGCAGGAGGUUCUGGACUGCUCUUCCCCGCCCAACAAUGGCUGCCACGGCGGCAACCCCGCGGCUGCCAUAGACUGGGUGUCCGCUAACGGCGGCCUCACCACCGAGUCGGACUACCCGUACGAGGGGCGGCAGGGCAAAUGCAAGCUCGACAAGGCACGCAACCACGUCGCCAAGAUCAGAGGCAGGAAGUUGGUGGAUCAAAACAACGAAGCCGCGCUGGAGGUCGCCGUGGCGCAACAGCCUGUUGCCGUGGGCAUGAAUGUACAUCCGAUCCAACAGCACUACAAGAGCGGGGUGUUCCAUGGCCCCUGCGACCCAGAGGAUCUCAACCACGCCGUCACCAUGGUGGGGUAUGGUGCCGAAUCCGGUGGCCGCAAAUACUGGAUCGUCAAGAACUCGUGGGGCGAGAAGUGGGGCGAGAAGGGAUACUUUCGCGGUUUCGCCUCGAGAGGCGCGUCAAGGACGUCAGGGGCACCUGCGGUAUAGCCGAGUGGGCAAACUACCCGGUGAUGUGAGCUCCCGUCCCGUGUCUGUCGCCACCGUGCUUUACCUGCCUGGCCUACAGUGCGGUCGUCUUGCUUUCCUGCACAUGCGCAAGCCUAUAUAUGAUGAUGUGCAGAAGUCAGCUUGUAGAACAGGCUGAAAUAAACUCGACGCGCCCGGCAUGUGUACUCGGCAGUGUCGUCGUUGUCAUUUGCCUAUUAUCUAUCAUCUUAAGAACUAUAUAGUAAGCUCCAUGUGUAGCUGCUAAAUAAAAACGCCCCCUUAAAU